AGAGCUCGCGGGCUGGAGCGCACACUGCCAUGAACUUCGGAGUGUAACUUUGUCGCUUUUCUCGCCUUUCGGACGGGCUGGAAAAUUAUUAAGAGAUAUAUUAUUUUUCCUUAUCACAGCAAACAGCACUGGGAGAAUUUAGUUGCACAUUUUCGAUUUUCUCCAGCACAUUUAAACCAGCAUGUCGUCGGCGGCGAUCGCUGCCUCGCGCAGGCAGUCGUGUUAUUUGUGCGAUCUGCCCCGCAUGCCGUGGGCGAUGAUCUGGGAUUUUACCGAACCCGUGUGCCGCGGAUGCGUCAACUACGAAGGAGCGGACCGGAUCGAGUUCGUCAUCGAGACCGCCCGACAGCUGAAGCGGGCGCACGGCUUCCAGGAGGGCAGAUCCCCGGGACCCGUUGGCAAACCCGGGAAGGACAUGCAGCCCCUCAAUCACACGGAACCGGGCACGCGUCCGCCGCAGCCGCUUGAUCGAUACCCGCUCGCGUCGGACAGACCCCUCAGACUGGGUCCGGAUUACCAGGCGGGCGGGCGGCAGUUGAACGGGAUCCCGGUACCGAACGGAUUCCCGAAGCCCGACGAACCCCCGGAGCUGAACCGCCAGAGCCCGAACCCGCGCAGGACCGGCGCCGUGCCUCCCAAUCUGGUGCCGCUGGUCAAUGGGACGCUGCCUCCGGUGCACGCGCUCAACGGGAGAAAUGUACAGAUGGGGAUCCCCCCGGAGCAUAUGGGCAAGCGAGGGGACGAUAUGAAGGACAAACAUGACGCGAGCGACGGACACAAACGCGUCGAGGACUGGACGCAGAAAGGCAAGACGGUUCGAGACCUGGUGGCGCUGCAUUCGCUCGACCCGCGCUUCAAGAAGGAGCAUGCCGCGCUGCAGCACCGUAUGGGCUACGAGAGCUCCAGUGCCUUAAAAACAGACAGAGCUAAGCACUCUCGUGGCAUUAAAAGGAAACCCUCUCCUGAGCCGGAUGGGGAGGGCAACGCCGCCAAGCUCAACGGGGAGGGUCAGCCGUGGUUACCGGCUCCAUCUGACGUGCUGAAGAUGCCCUCCGCGGCCCUGCCGGGAUUUGCUGCCGCACCCCCCUCGACUAUCUCCCCGCACUCACGCACCACCCCGCCCGAGGCGGCCACUGCCGUGCAGAGCGGGCAGUCGCCCAUGGCCGCCCUUAUCUUGGCUGCGGAUAACGCAGGCGCUGGCACCGGUUCGCCCAAAGACGGCAACCAGGUGCACUCCACAACGACUGUGGCCACGGGGCGGCGAAACAGCGGAAGCCCUCAGUCGCGACUCGCCCAAAGGGACGGUCUGGGGGUGUCGGGCACAGCUGGCACGGCGACGGCGCAUGUGCCAGGCAUGGACCCGCAGGGCGGGCACGCGCAGAGCAUUCCGGAUUCCUCUGUGCCCCCUGGCAGCGUGCCGUUGUGUUGCACCCUGUGUCAUGAACGCCUCGAGGACACGCAUUUCGUCCAGUGCCCAUCCGUGCCGUCGCACAAGUUCUGUUUCCCGUGCUCCCGUGAGAGCAUCAAACAGCAGGGGGCAACAGGCGAGGUGUACUGCCCCAGUGGGGAGAAAUGCCCGCUGGUGGGUUCCAAUGUUCCCUGGGCAUUCAUGCAGGGCGAAAUAGCCACCAUUCUGGCUGGGGACGUAAAAGUGAAAAAGGAGCGGGACCCUUGAUUUCUUGGUUCUCAUGUUUCUUCUUUGAUUUUUUACAAAAACAAACAAAAUGACAAGCAUAUAAAAUUUCAAUUGAUCAUACAUGGUAAAUCGUACUGCAUACCAUCCGGAUGAGAACUAACGGACUUGUACAUAAGAACUUAGGGGAACUGUACACUUCGUAAUCAUGGCUGUAUAAUUUUCUUGAUUUUUCCCUUUUUGAAUACAUUGUGUUUCUAAAUUUUUCGACGAUAAAAUGGUAUGUAUACACUAUAAUGGACAAUUAUUGCCUCCUUUCUCCUCCCAUUCAGUGGUUGUUCCAAGCGAACUCAGUGUAAUAGUACAACUGGUGGCAGUCCAUGUUUAAACAGAAUGUGACUAAUACUCUAUAAGCACUUGGCAAAAACUCAAACGCUUCUAGCUGUAUUGUAUGCACUUGUUUAAAAUUGCCAAAUACAAUUUCUGACCUUGUAAUAACAAGUUGAGGUGUCUGUGGUUGGCUUAUUGUGCGUUGAGUGGCUGUUGUCUCACUGAAUCAUGCAAUACGGAUGAUGCACGUCUUCAAUGAAACAGAACCCAAAAAAAAGCAGGCGUUGAGAGGUUUUUUUCUGGUGCAUUCUGGGAGUUUUUGGCCUCAAUAAUGUAUAUUGGUACGACAUCUAUUUGCAAACCUAAGGUAAUGUGAGAAUGCCUGAAUUUGGAAAAAGUAACAUGCAAGCUGCGACUUGUAUCCCGCAUUGUUUUCGACCUGCACUUGAAGUAACCUAACACUGCAUCCAAGCCGACACUCGUCUAUUUUCAUUCACUCGCUGUGAGGGAAGAGCUUGUAGAAAAUAAAGACCUGAAGCAUUAAACAUUGCAGCUGCAUUAGGGCUAUAUAAAAUGCCAUAUGCCAUAAAUUUCACACUUGAUGCUUUAAAAAUGAUAUGAAAGAUUUAAGCAUUGCUUGCACAUCAUAAGCCUAGUUUAUUUACCAGACCUCUCGUUACUACAGAGAAACACUGAACAUGUUAUUUUGCAGUCUUGCAGUGAUUUAUUAUCAUUAGAUUUAAUGGGAACAAUCAAACUGAACUGCUUAGUAAUUUAUGAAUUGCAGUCUAGGCUUAACAAGCAAUCCAAACUUAAUUAUUAUAGCAGUGUAGUUGCUUAUGAUUAAUAAACUGCAACUGAUCACGUGGUCGCCCCGCUAGAAUUCCUGAGUCACGCUCGCCUGCCCCCAUUCACGGUUCUCACAGCACUGAAAUGAAUGGAGAUCUGUUCUUACACAAGUCACGUGCACUCCAGUUUACCCUUUCACAAGCAACAUGACCUGGAAAACUACUUGAUUUCAACUGGAAUAUUUUGAAUCAGCAGAGCUUUAAUCCUUUCAGUCGCUACUAUUCUUGUGCAAUUAACAGAGUUGGUACAUGUUAACAAGUUAAACAUUAUAAUGCGAUUAAGAAAACAGUAUUGAGCAAAACAAUCUUCUUGCAUCGAAAGACAUGCAAGUGUUGCGUCAUAUAACACUGUCAGCAAACAGGUAUUUGUACUUAAAUCAAAAGUAAAUAUUGAGUUUCUACAUUUUUU